UUAUACAAACCUGAAAGAACAACAUGCAUAGCAGAGUGUCUGUUCUCCAUAAAGGGAUAUAAGGUGUCAGUGUACAGAGCUCAAUAAAGUUAUUAGGUUUUGAAUCAACAUGGCGGCAUACAGGUUGCGGUCGACAACGAGAUGUCUUUUAAGACUUGCAUUCAAAAAGACAAGUUUGUCGAGAGGAAUUUGGUGUGAACGGUUUAAGGCCGUUAGAGGACAUACAUCUAUGUCAGCACCUUGGGCUGCUCACGGUGGACUCAUCAGCCACUAUGACAGCCUUGUCUGCUCCGGUUCACUGCGAGAGGAUGAUCAACAAAGAGCUGCACUUCUUCAGUUAGAACAGUUAAACAGAGUGAUGACAGACUAUACCAACAUCCCGAUCCUUCUCCCUCAACCUAAAGACUGUUUACAUAGUCAACCCACCUCAGAACUGAAGAAUAAUACAAGUAAAGUAAACCUUUGCAGUCCUCAAGAAAAGAUGUCAAAUGAAAAAGAAGACCGAGAUGUUGACAACAUACAAGAGGAGUCCCCAAAGCCACAUCCUCCCCACGGCUACUAUAUCCAUGGUGAUGUUGGCACUGGAAAAACAAUGAUGAUGGAUCUUUUUUACUCAUUUGUGGAAAAUGGAAGAAAAAGGAGGGUUCAUUUCAAUGCAUUCAUGUUAGACGUACAUAGAAGGAUCCACAAACUGAAACAGAGCCUGCCAAAGCGACGGAUAGGUAAAAUGACAAUGUAUGACCCCAUCUUUCCAGUUGCCAUGGAGAUCGCAGAGGAAACCUGUCUCCUAUGCUUUGAUGAGUUUCAGGUGGUGGAUAUAGCCGAUGCUGUGAUUCUGAAGCAGUUAUUUGAGGGCUUGUUCAAGUGUGGGGUCGUGGUUGUGGCAACCUCAAAUCGACCACCUGAAGAACUGUACAAAAAUGGGCUUCAGAGGGCUGCUUUUGUGCCUUUCAUUGGCGUACUCAAGAAGCACUGUCAUACCGUCGGUCUUGACACUGGAAUAGAUUACCGGACAAGAGAAAUGGAAGCAGCAGGAAAACUAUACUACAUAUCAAGUGAGCCUGAUGCAGAGAAUGCUGUCAAUACACUGUUUGAGGAACUGGCGUACAGACAAAAUGAUGUAACCAGGCCAAGAGUACUGAACGUGCAAGGAAGAGAAGUAACCCUGAGCAGAACCUGUGGAACCACUGCAGACUGCACCUUCCAAGAGCUGUGUGAGCGACCAUUGGGUGCAGGUGAUUAUUUAGAAAUCGCACGGCAGUUUGACACGGUCAUCAUACGGAAUGUUCCUUACUUUCGAGUCGGAAUGAAGGACCAGGCUAGACGCUUCACCACACUCAUUGACAACUUUUAUGACCAAAAGGUUAGAGUGGCAAUAUUGGCUGACGCACCAUUACACCGCCUCCUUGAUCAGGGACCCAUGACUGGAGAGGAAGCAAGAGAUCGCCUAAUGAUAGAUGAACUUGGCCUGACCGAUGAGGCCAGUGAGCGGCUGACAUUGUUCACAGCAGAUGAAGAGGUCUUUGCCUUCCAGAGGACAAUAUCUCGCCUCACAGAGAUGCAGACAGAACAGUACUGGCUCAGUGGGGAUCGGAGUCAAACAUGAACUGAAACUCCUUUGCUGUAACCAACUACCUCUUAAUAGAGUCGACAGGAGAGUCUUUGUGGCCUCCCAAAACAUUUGGGAUGGUAUAUUUCCAUCACCAAAAACGGACUGUUAGCCUUAUCUUAUUAAAUUAAAAGCAAGUGGAAUUGUCCAUAUGCUCACAUCAACAUUAAUACUUAAAACUAAAUAUCAUGGACUGUAGGAGGACAAUGCAUAUUCUGCAAAAUAAGACGAUGUCUAGCACCCUCUAGUGGAUCGUGUAUUCUGUUGUAUUUAGUACAUUAUGUACUUUGGAAGACACUCUCACUGUGGGAGAGGGAAAAAUAUAUUUAUAUUUAAAUGUUUGAUGUCUAAUGUGAAUUUAUGCAGUUGUGCUUCCUUAAAUAUCAAAGCAUGUUUCCAUAUUUAAGUAAUAAUAAUUUCCAUAAAAAGUAAUAUAAAUUACAUAAUUAUGGGAUAAAAGUUAAAAUCAUAAAUUAUUCCGAUUUACCAAAGCGUGUUUUUUUUUUUUUUUUAACAUUUAUUUAUAUUAUGUGGUGGAAAUGGGCUUCCAUUCUUAAAUUAUUAAAAUGUUAAUGAAUCUCCACAAACAAAUGUUAUUU